CCGCUCCCUGUGCAUCGUGUUUAGCAGGAGCCAUCGUGUUAACCAAGACACACACACGGCACUGCAUUGUGCUCUCACUCCUGACACCGGCAUAUGCAUUAUAGCUACUUCUCUAAAUUCUCAACGCUACCGUUUCCACACAUAAAUGUUACAGGCGAAUAAUAGGCGCCUCGAGGCGUCGGGAUAAUUCGGCAAGCGGAGAACACAGCGCGAUUUGUGCUGUGUAUUGAACGGUAUUAGGUGGAGGGGGGGGGUUAUUGGUCGUGUGGUUAGUGGUCUGUAUAUCAAGCCAUCAUUGCAGCUCGUCACUACGCGUGCGCGUGUGUCUUGAUUGGCAAGCAAGCCCUCGUUUAGGAUGAAUACGGUACGUGCCGGCUGCGCAGAUUUCUAACUCAUAAUGGCCACAACCCUCGCUGAUGCUCAAGCAGCGAGCCAUGGAUCUCAGCGCGGAUGACGCGGGCUACUACGGCGGCGCGAGCUCCUUGUCCACAGCGGGAGCGCGACGCGAGCCCGAGCCGUCGGCGGGGAGCGCUGCGCGAGGGGGGCCCCCUGCGAUCGGCAGCGGGGGGCCCCGGGUUAGCGGCGAGGGCGAAGACGAGAGCGACGUGGAUGUGGACGACGUCGUGCGAGGAGGGGCGCCGCAGGACGAGGAGGAGCCCAUGGUGGGCGUGCAGGAGCAAGGGCACUGGUGGCCGAUGGAGCAGGAUGCGUGCGACAGCGACGACGACGACGCCGAUGACGACGACGACGACGACGGCUGCGAUGACGACGACGGCGGCGGCGGCGAUGACGGUGGUGCGGAGGAGGCCUCGCGCAAGCCUCAUCCGGAGGCCCCUUCGUGGAGCCGCGAGCUCCGUGACGUGGCGGUGGCGCCGUUCACGGAGAGCGCCGGUCCCAGUCACGGCCUCCCGCUCGACGCCUCCGUGCUUGACUACUUCAUGCUCUUCUGGCCAGAUCGUCUGUUCGACGUCGUCACAAAGGAAACCAAUCGCUACGCCGAGCAGAAAAUCGCCGAGAGCGGCAAAGCUGACCCGCUCUGGUCGCCCACGACGUCUCGCGAGAUGAAGGCCUUCUUCGCCGUGGCCAUCAUGAUGGGCAUCAAGGACCUGCCGCGCGUUUGGUGCUACUGGUCGGGCAACCCGGCGCUGCGCUGCGAGUGGGUGUCCGGCACCAUGACCCACACGCGUUACUCCAAGGUCAGCCAGUACCUGCACGCGCGCAACAACGUGGGGACGCCUGCCCGUGGCCAGCGGGGAUACGACCCCAUCUACAAGGUGCGCAACGUGGUGGAGGAGGUGCGCGCCAACUUCUCGCGCCACUACUCCCCGCGGCGCGAGCUCAGCGUGGACGAGGGCAUGAUCCCCUUCAAGGGGCGCCUCUUCUUCAAGCAGCACAUGCCCGCCAAGCCCACCAAGUGGGGCGUCAAGGUGUGGGAGCUGUGCGAGGCGCAGACCGGCUACUGCCUCAACUUCGACAUCUACACCGGGCGCUCAGCCUACGGCGCCGCCACGACUGCGGCUGCCGCCGGUGACGGCGGUGGCGGUGGUGGUGGUGGUGGCGCUUGUGGUGAUAUGGCGAGCGGUGGUGGUGGUGGUGGUGGCGGUGGCGCUUGUGUUGUGGUGCUAGUGGUGCCAAUAGUGUUCGGACUGGUGGUGCUGCUGCAGCUUAUGGUGGUCGUGGUAGAGCUGGUGGCGCUGGUGCUUGCGGUGGCAGUGCCGACGGUCGUGGCGGAGCUGGCGCUGUUAGCGGCGGAGCGGCUGGUGCUGCCAGCGCUGCACGUGCUGGCGGUGCUCAUCGUGCGGGCGGUGCUCACAGCGCUGGGGCUGCCGGCGUCCCUGCCAGUGCUGCUCACCAGGCAACUGGUGCUGCUGGUGCCGACAGCAGCGCUGCGCGUGCUGCCGCCCUCGGAGGUGGCACUGUGA